GUAAACUGAAAUGAAAUUAGUAAGAGAUUAGUUAGAUUAAUAUAUAUUAAUUUUAAAAUUUAGAAAAAAUUCUCUUUUUUCUUGCAGGAAAUGGACACUGAUCACGGAGGAAGGAGACGGCACGGCAACGGCAACUCGACAACCGGUUUCAAGGAUUUCGCGAACAGACUGCCAGCUUUUGACAGAGGAUUACUGAAGCAAUGUGAAUCGUUCCAUUUUGUUAACUUCCCUGAGGAUUGGGGGGCGAAGCAGUUGUUUUACUUCAUCAGAACGACUGUAAAAGCAGGUAGACUCUGGGACAUUUUCAUUCCCAGCAAGAGAGACAGAAGAGGCAACAGGUACGGUUUUGCCAGAUUUUUAGACGCGAGGAAUGAGCAGGAGAUGAAGAAGCAACUGGGAAAUAUAUGGAUUGGUAACCAAAGGGUGAUUUUCAACUCGGCUGUGGAAAGAAGAAAGGAGAAGAGAAGUAUGGAAGCAAAACCAGUAGAGGAAGCAAAUUGGAAAAGUACCAAGAGGACAAUCACUGCUGAAGACAAGAAUACAGUGGAAGAAGGGAGUAGGAAGAUUCCAAGAAUGACAUAUGCGCAAUGCCUUCUCCAGCAGAAAGAAAUGGCAAACUCCACUGAAUCAGGAAACAAAGAUCCAACACCGUCAGAGUCAAAAGAAUUUCCAAGGAGGUCUAACAAAGGAACGCCCAAGACUCCCAGUGUGAGUCGGCCUGUGUACAAAAAGGUGAUUGAGCUAAAGGACACAGAUAAAGCUGAAGAUAAACUGAUGAAGUGUGCAGUUGGGGUGGUGUUAACCCCAUCUAUCAUCCCAAACCUCCCAGAAAUCUUCUUUAAUGAAGGUUUCCCUUCAAUCAAAAUUGCCCCUAUGGGAGGUAACCUUGUUUUAAUCGAUGAUGAGGAUCCAGAGCAUGUUAAGGAACUGGUAGAUGGGAACUUACAGUGGGUGGCAGCUUAUUUUGAUAGAAUUAAGUACUGGGCUCCAUCAGACAUCGCAGAAGAAAGAUUUGUGUGGGUGAGAAUCCAGGGGUUACCUAUACAUGCUUGGUCUGAAGAAAGUUUAUCAACGAUCGGUAACCAUGUGGGUAAACUAGUUUCAAUUGAUGAGUAUACACUCUCUAAGGAAUGCCUGGAUGCAGCAAGAAUGUUAGUCUCCACCAAGUCCAAAUUGGCGAUAAAUGAAGACUUCAUCCUCAAAGUGAAGAAUAAUAGCUUUCACAUUGCUGUAGUGGAGGAAAAUUGGAGGACUGAUCCAUGGUGGCUGAAGAAAUCUGCCAGCUCAAUCGUUGAGUCAGAAGUGAGUUCAACGGCGUUCAACUUCAGUGAAGAGUCCGGCGACUUUGACGAUGACAGCAUGAACGGGUUAGAGCAAGACGAAUUUCAAACACUUACCCAUAGAGUCAAUGGCAUUAAUUGUUCUGACACAGUGCGCGGCUCAAAGAAGUCUGCUGAAAUGGGCAAGUUUUGCAACGGCACUCUAUCAAAUCAAGAGUGUGGGGAACAGAGAGAGGAGCGGGAAAGCAGGGGAACAAAUCGAAAGCUUAACAGGUUGUGUACAGACCUGGAUUCUGAAGUGCAAGUCAUCCAAGAAAUGGCCCAAAUUGGAAGCCCAGAAGACAGCAAAAAUGAAGCCCAGUUGGUUAAGAAUAAAACAAAAAGGGGUGAGCAGGUGCAAGGUGGGCUCCAAGCGGACAAAAGCCCUAAUAAGAGCCCUUCUCUACCGCCUGAAACGAGGGCUGAAUUAACAAAGCUGAUAACUGGUACAAAGCGUGGAAGGAGGAGAAAAGCAACCAUCCAGCCGGUCAACUUCGGUGGUGAAUCCCCAAUUGGAUCUCUAUCGGACAGCGACAUCUUAUACAACAAUAGAAGAAUCAAAGAAGGCAUGAUUGCAGAGGAAGCGAAGAAGGUGCUGGAUUUCGGGAGCAAGCUAGGAAUUCAGACCAAAAAUCAAGAUGAGCAGAUCUUAGAAAGGUUCAGGCGAAUGGAAGAGAGGGACAUGCAGGGAAGGGAGGGGUUCAGUGAACUAUGGGAAGCAUGGCAAAGAAGAGAAGUGGCAUGGAAGCAGAAGACUAAGCUUGACUGGGUUCAGCAAGGGGAUGCCAAUUCUAAGCUCUUUCAUAGAAUUGCUAGUGGCAACAGAUCCAGGAAAUUGAUUCGGGGCUUAUAUAAAAAUGGGUCAUGGAUGGAAGAACCCAAUACAGUGAAGCAAGAAGUGCGGGAUUACUUCAAAAAUAUUUUUCAAGAAGAGAAAUGGGAUAGGCCAAAGCUUGAUGGUUUGCAAUUCAAACAGCUAGAUGAUGAAGACAGACUUUGGUUAGAAAGAGAUAUCUCAGCAGAAGAGGUGAAACAAGCAGUGUGGGAAUGUGGAGGGGACAAGUCCCCAGGUCCUGAUGGGUUCAGCUUCCAUCUAAUUAGAUCUUUCUGGAGUGUGGUCGAAAAAGAUAUUGUUGAUUUUGUUCAAGAAUUUUCCAGCAAUGGCAAACUGGUGCUGGCUAACAGGAUUAAGAAAGUUUUAUCUAAAGUGAUUAGUGGGGCACAGUCUGCAUUUUUGGGAGGGAGACAGAUCACUGAUGGAAUACUGAUUUUAAAUGAAGUAGUGGAGGAGAUCAAGAGGAAAAAGGCUAGUAGCUUCGUUUUUAAAGCAGAUUUCGAGAAAGCAUAUGACUGUGUGAACUGGAAUUUCUUAGAUGAAAUGAUGUGGAGGCUUGGAUUUGGUGAAAAAUGGAGAAAAUGGAUAAAGGAAUGUUUGCAAACAGCUUCAGUAUCAGUUCUUGUUAAUGGAAGCCCAACUGAUGAGUUCAAAAUGGAGAGAGGGUUAAGACAAGGUGAUCCCAUUGCUCCGUUUCUCUUUUUAAUUGUCGCAGAAGGCUUAAAUGGGUUGAUUGAAGCAGCUGUAAGUAAGGACCUAUUCCAAGGAGUCGAUAUAGGCUCUUUUGGCCUCAACAUAUCUCACCUCCAGUUUGCCGAUGACACCGUUAUCAUAGGGAAGGCAGAUCCUACAAACAUAAAAGCUGUGAAAGGGUUAUUGAGAUGGUUUGAACUGGUUUCGGGUUUGAAAAUCAAUUUCAACAAAAGUGUGCUGUAUUCGUUCCAUGUCUCGGAUGAGUGGGGAAGAAUGGCAGCUGCUACUCUUAAUUGUAAAUCAGGGUCCAUCCCAUUCACUUACCUUGGCAUGCCAGUUGGGGAUGUUAUGUGUAGGAGGAAACCUUGGAUUCCAGUUAUUGAUAAUUUUAGCAAGAAGCUGGCAGUCUGGAAAGCGAAACACCUCUCGAUUGGUGGUCGAGUUACGUUGCUAAGAGGAGAAGAAUAGGUUAGCAUGGCUGAGUUGGGAGAAAGUUUGUAGGGGGAAAAAAGAGGGAGGUUUAGGGGUUCCAAAUCUCGAGUAUAGAAAUAUAGCUUUGCUAGGGAAGUGGUGGGACAGAUUUGGGAAGGAAGAGAAUAGCUUAUGGAAGGCAGUUAUUUCCAAUAAAUAUUACGGUGGGGA